AUGAGCGGAAGCUUAGAGAACGAUAAGAUGACCUGGCAUCACUCGCUCGACCCGUGGCUGCAGGAGCAGUGGGACGACGAUGACGAGAUGAUGCCAGUCGAGGCGGAUCCGUCCAAAGCUGCCCUGGCGAUACGCUUCCUUCCAGGAGCCAAACCUGCAGAGGAUGAAAGUCCCACGAAGCGCCCUCAGGAGGAUGAUCAACUGAUGACGGUUUCCUCCCGGGAGUUAAAAGCUCUGCUUGGUGAACAUCUUCGAGAGAUGAAGGAAGCAUGGGGGGACAUCAAGGAUCGCGUCAGCAAUGUGGAGGGACAGGUCAAGGGGCAGAAGAAGGAGCUCAAGGCGGUCAAGCACAAGGCGGUUGACCAGACGAUCAUGGGCAUCCAGGCGAAGGGGGACGCGACGGCCAGAAAGACUGAAGAGCUCGAGGGUGAGAUUGAACGAAUCAAGACUCAACUGGCGGGACUUCAAACCGAUGGGCCGAAUCAAGGGAAGGGUGACAAUGAGGCCAGGCUUGACCCCUGGGCCGAGUACCUGCGCCGGGGUGACCCUGGUCGAACCACAGCAACGCCUAGUAAAGACGAGAAGCCGGGACUGAGUGAAGAGGAUCAGAGAUCUCUCAUUGUGGGUGGGUGGCUGGCCGACACACGUCGCCUUACCAUUGAGAACGAGGCUCGCGACAUCCUUGAGCAGCCCUCCUUCGCGGCGUUAGUUGACAGCCCCAAGCUCACCAUCUUCGGACCGAGACGUAGCUUUGGGAUCCUGAGAUUCAAACUCAGAGACAACGAAGCCAUCCAAGGGGUCAAAGGGCGCAUGUGGGAGGUUGUCAACAAGAUCCGCCAGGAGAAGAUCCAACUUGCCAGCACAAAGGGUGACCAGGAUGAAGGCAAACGAAUUUUGGGCAUCUUUCCUCAAGACGCCCGAGGCCAGGAAGAGAUCCGCUAUGCAGGGGAGGCCAAGAACCCCAACGCCCUGGAGAGUGGUAACUAUGACGUCGAUUGGUCGACAGGGACGAUUUGGCAUGGUGACCUCAAACUCGCGAGCGCCACUCACCGCAAGAACCACUCGCGCAACGAUGACUACAUCCAGGUGAACCAGGGAUGGGUUGAUGUGCGGGCAGUCACCACAAUCACUGGAGCCGAGUGGAAAGAGGCCGUGGAGGCCUUUGAAAGAGAGCAGUGA